GCGUGGUUUCGGUGUCCGGCAGGAGUCAAGCAGCUGGGUAUUAUCGGCGCUGCGGAACUUUACACAGCGAUCCGACACUGCGGGGAGUGUUAAGAAAAUCGGAAGUGUCCCGGAAAAAGCCGGACUCCUGGGCGCUUUCUGUCCUGUGGAAACAACAUGACAUCUGUGACUUUAGCCACAUCUGAGUGGAUCAGUUUCUUUAAGGAGGCUGGAAUCCCUGCCGGGCCAGCUGUUAACUAUGCUGUUACAUUUGUGGAUAACAGGAUUCAAAAAAGCAUGCUGAUGGAUCUGAACAAGGAGAUUAUGCAUGAAUUGGGUAUAUCGGCUGUGGGAGAUGUUAUUGCAAUCUUGAAACAUGCAAAGGUAGUCCAUAGACAGGACUUGUGUAAAUCUCUGACAGAACAGCCAAGCCGAAAUAGUACCCAGACAGAGCUGCGAAAGACUGCAAACAGUCCGGCUACAAGGAUGAUUGCCAACAGUCUGAGCAGAGACUCUCCGCCAGCCACUCCUGUACACAGGCCUGACACAAGUACCUCCAAAAUUUCUGUUACUGUCUCUAACAAAGUAGCACUAAAGAAUUCACAAGCAGCUUUGUCCACUCCCCCUGAAGACAGCGCUGAUGUGCCAGUUAAACGGCGCAGAGUAACUGCAGAGAUGGAAGGAAAAUACAUAAUUAACAUGCCUAAAGGGACUACUCCAAGAACUAAGAAAAUCUUGGAGGAGCAGGCAGCAAAAGGUGUGGCAAGAACGUCUGUCUUUGACAGACUGGGAGCAGAAAGCAAAGUAGACACUACAACAGGAAGUAAGCCCACUGGAGUUUUCAGUCGGUUAGGAAAUUCAUGUGCUGAAGACAGGGUACCUGAGAGUGAUGACGAGGGCUCUGUAUUACAGUAUGCAGGUGUCUUAAAGAAGAAAAGGAUUCCUGUGGUCAGGGAGAGGCUAGGAGCUGGAGUAACCAUUAAAGCUAAAGCUACCAGCUCAGAGCAGAAACCUGCCAUCACCACACUCCGAAGACUUGCUGGCAAACCACCUGCUAGUGCUCCGCCGAAACUCUCCACCUCCAAGAUCAGUAUGGCACAGAGGUUGGGUAAAAUUCAGCAAAGUGACCCAGAGGAAAUUGUCAAAAGGAAAACACCUUCAGCAAAGUUAAUACAGCGAUUGGGUAAGCCUAGGGCAGCUCCUCAGGACAGCAAGGUUAGUAGCUCAAAACCACCACCAUUCAGAGUCACCAUCAAGAGGACUUUGGGGAACACCAAAGUGAGCAGCACAAGUGAUAACGGCAAUGCCCAGAUGGAUAAUACAAGGAUCGUCAGUGUCUUCAAUAGGCUUGGCAGGAAAUCUGUGUGAAGCUCAAUAAAAUUGUGCAUUUGAAUUUAGCUUCCUUCUCCAAUGGGCAAAAUAAAAAUUACUAAAGUUUGGAUGGAACGUCUACUUCCUAUGAAGCUUUGCCAUAUCUCAUGUUUGGCUUUCUGUGCCUUGAUACAGCAUAUCCAUGCACAGAGGGAAGUCUUUUAUAUGCUUGAUAGUGAGACUCCAAAACCCUGCAUUGUCAGCCUUCAGUUGAAUUAUGCAGCAGGUACAAUCUGAACUCAUAAAUUAAGUGGAUUUGCUCUGUUGAUUAUUUAUUCCAUUUAGGAAAUAGAAUGUUGACAGAUUUGAACAUUUUUUAAUUAAAUAUUUUGCUAAUG